AUGACCGUCGGGCGCAGAGUCAUCUCGGUCGUGGGCGCCACAGGAGCCCAAGGGGGCUCGGUGGCUCGCUCUUUGCUACAGAACCCCGACUUUCAAGUCCGCUGUCUCACGCGCGAUGUGAGUUCCCCCAAGGCCUCUGAGCUUCGCGCACUAGGGGCCGAGAUAAUGCAAAUGGAUGGUUCAAAUGAGGAACAAACCAAACAAGCCAUUGUGGGAAGCUGGGGAAUUUUCAUCAACAAUGGUUACAUGCACUCGGCAACCGUCCGCAGUGGAAGAUACGAGCUUGAUUUUGGCAAUUGUAUUCUUCGUAGUGCCGCAGCCAUGGGUAUCCAGCAUGUCGUCUUCAGCUCUCAGCCUUCUGCUGGUGAGCUCACAAACGGAGCAAUUCGAACCCCAAUAUUAGACGUCAAAGCAUAUGGCGAGUCCUGGGGCCGCGCCAAUUCGGUCUUCACCACUUUCACUCCUAUCAUGUCGUCCUGGUACAUGGAAGAUUUCUUAAUGCCCUCCUUCUAUCAGGGAUUUGGCGGAUUCCCCUUCAAUCCAGAUGACGAGGGAUAUCUGACAUUUCAGUCUCCACUUAUCGGUGGCCGUGAGGAUGUGCCUUGGAUCAGUAUGGAGGACGAUUUUGGGGAUUUGGUUCAUGGUAUUUUCUUGAAUCCAAUGCGGUGGAAUCGCCGCACAGUGCAGGCGGUUGGUGACAUUGUGCCUUUCGACCAAAUUGUCGAAAUAUUCACCCAGAUCACCGGCAAAAAAGCCCGGUUCAUCGGAUAUGAAGACCCCGCCGACUUUCCGGCCUUUGGCAAGCCAGAGCUGCAGGAGUCCAAAGAUGUCUUCUCUUUUUACCGUCUGCGCGAAGGCGAGAUCUUUGGGAAUGGGAUCACCGAAUCGCGCACCGCGGCUGAUCUGAAGCGGGCGGCAUUCGAGGCCAAGGGUCGAAGGAUUCAGGGUCGGGACCGACUCACCACCUGUGCUGAAUGGUUUGCCAGGACCUUUGAUUCUACGUCAGGAAAAGUCAUAAAUCAGUAG